ACUAAAACAGCAGAAAGUAUCAGUUGGUUUUCUUGUGUCCAGGUGAGGUCCAUCAUCAGUGACUUUGCAGUCUUCAUCACCAUCCUGACGAUGGUGUUGAUAGAUUACGCCAUGGGCAUCCCCUCACCUAAACUCCAGGUCCCCARCAAGUUUAAACCCACCAGGGAUGAUCGGGGCUGGGUGAUAAACCCUGUGGGACCAAACCCGUGGUGGACCACCAUCGUCACCUUCAUCCCUGCCCUGCUCUGCACCAUCCUCAUCUUCAUGGACCAGCAGAUCACAGCCGUCAUCAUCAACAGGAAGGAGCACAAACUGAAGAAGGGCUGCGGGUACCACCUGGACCUGUUCGUGGUGGGCGUGAUGCUGGGCGUGUGCUCSGUCAUGGGCCUGCCGUGGUUCGUGGCUGCCACCGUGCUCUCCAUCUCCCACGUCAACAGCCUGAAGCUGGAGUCAGAGUGCUCCGCCCCCGGAGAGCAGCCCAAGUUCCUGGGCAUCCGCGAGCAGCGCUUCACCGGCCUGAUGAUCUUCACCCUGAUGGGCUGCUCCGUCUUUAUGACCUCUGUGUUAAAGUUCAUCCCCAUGCCGGUGUUGUACGGGGUUUUUCUGUACAUGGGGGCUUCUUCACUUCGAGGCAUUCAGUUCUUUGACCGUCUGAGGCUGUACGGCAUGCCGGCCAAACAUCAGCCGGACUUCAUCUACCUUCGUCACGUCCCGCUGAGGAAGGUGCACCUCUUCACCAUCAUCCAGCUCAGCUGCCUGGUCCUGCUCUGGGUCAUCAAGACCUCCAAGGCUGCCAUCGUUUUCCCCAUGAUGGUCUUGGCUCUGGUGUUCAUUCGGAAGCUGCUGGACUUCAUUUUCACCAAGCGGGAGCUGAGCUGGCUGGAUGAUCUGAUGCCUGAGUGGAAGAAGAAGAAGCUGGAGGACGCAGCGCAGGAGGAGGAGCACAGUAUUAUUGCAGAGGAGGAAGGCAUCGUACAAGUCCCACUAGAAGGACAUUACAAGAGUGACCCGGCUACAGUGAACAUCACCGAUGAGAUGUCCAAAGGUUCUUUCGGGGGCGUGUGGAAGAGUUUGACCCCCAAUGAGAGCUCUAAACAGGAACUGAUUUCCAAAAGUUGUGCCAGAGGCAGUGAGAAGCGGCACAAGCGGCGGAGGCAUGACAAGAGCCUGGACAGGGAAACAAGUUUGUGACGACCUACACACUGGUGGUGCCACCGUACUGUCAGCCAGAUAAACACACACACACAAAAAAA